AUGGGUGUGGAGGGAAACCAACAGACGAUCUUGAGCAAUGAUCAGAAGAACAACACAGAUAAGAAAUCAAACCCUAAACUAACUUUACUACCUCUAAUCGCCCUAAUUUUCUACGAAGUUUCUAGGGUUCCAUUUGGUGUAGAAGAUUCGGUCAAAUCUGCAGGCGGAGCUCUAGUUUCAUUACUAGGGUUCUUAAUUUUCCCCAUUUUCUGGAGCAUCCCAGAAGCACUAAUCACAGCCGAACUCGCCACAAGCUUCCCUGAAAACGGCGGUUAUGUCAUCUGGAUAUCAUCGGCGUUCGACCCUUUUUGGGGUUUCCAAGAAGGGUUUUCGAAAUGGUUUAGUAGGGUUAUGGAUAACGCAUUUUACCCUGUAUUAUUUCUCGAUUACUUGAAAGGUCUUCACAUUUUCGGAUUUUCUGUUGUUCUUCUUGCUUCUUUAUCACUCCUUCCAUUUGCAGUCAUGGGUAUUCUUUCAAUCCCCAAAAUCAGGCCUAAAAGAUGGAUAACUUUGGAUUUCAAGAAAGUUCAAUGGAGGGGUUACUUCAAUAGCAUGUUUUGGAACUUGAAUUAUUGGGAUAAAGCAAGUACAUUAGCUAGUGAAGUUGAAAAUCCAAGUAGGACGUUUCUGAAAGCUUGA